AAAAAAAAAAAACCCCCAAUCCAAAUCCAAAUCCAAUUGCAAUUGAUUUUGCUUUUUACACUUUUUAUUUAAUAUAUCUUUCAAAAUCUAAAGCCAGAGGAGGUGUUCGAUAUUCGAUCCCACCCCUCUUCAGUGCAAAAAAUCUUUCCUUUAUAUAUAAUAUAAAUAAUAUUUUCGUUUUAAAUUUCAAAAAGAAAAAAAUUGAAAGAAAAAAAAGAAGCAUCGAUGGCGUCGUCGUCCGAUAAUCUGACCGACAAGAAUGCCGUUUUCAGAAAGCUGAAAGCAAAAUCAGAAAACAAGAUGUGUUUCGAUUGUAAUGCGAAGAAUCCAACAUGGGCGUCAGUGACCUACGGGAUCUUUCUUUGCAUCGAUUGCUCAGCCGUUCAUCGGAGUCUCGGUGUACACAUCAGCUUUGUCAGGUCUACAAAUUUAGAUUCUUGGUCUACUGAACAAUUGAAAAUGAUGAUCUAUGGAGGUAACAACCGUGCACAGGUUUUCUUUAAGCAGCAUGGAUGGUCUGAUGGGGGCAAAAUUGAGGCCAAAUAUACUUCAAGAGCGGCUGAUUUAUAUAGGCAAAUAUUAUCAAAAGAAGUUGCUAAGAGUAUGGCAGAGGAGGCAGGUUUGCCUUCAUCCCCUGUUGCUUCCCAGUCACCCCAAGCACCCAAUGGACCUCUUAAUAGCAAGACUGAUGAAACUCCUAAAGAAAUUCCUUUAGGUGGGCAAGAAAAAGUAGAACUUCCCGCUUCACCGAAAGCUUCUCAUAAAGUUGUUACCAGCACUGUUAAGAAGCCUCUAGGUGCAAAAAGAACUGGAAAAACUGGAGGACUUGGUGCCAGAAAGCUUACUUCAAAGCCAAGUGAAAAUCUGUAUGAUCAAAAGCCUGAAGAACGAGUUGUUCCUGUUGCUUCCCCUACUAAUAACACUGCACCUGUUAGCUCAACUUUUCCAUCUCGUUUUGAGUAUGUAGACAAUGAUCAAUCUUCUGAGUCGAGUUCUGGUGGCCCACAAAUUCUUAGCCAUGUUGCUCCGCCAAAGUCAUCAAGCUUCUUUGCAGAAUUUGGCAUGGACAGUGGUUUUCAGAAGAAAUCAAGCUCAAAUACCUCAAAAGUGCAAGUUCAGGAAACUGAUGAAGCUAGGAGAAAGUUCUCAAAUGCAAAAUCUAUUUCAUCAGCCCAAUAUUUUGGUGAUAAUACCAGAGCAGACAAUGAUGCUCAAGUUACUUUGCAGAAAUUCUCAGGUUCAACAGCCAUCUCCAGUGCUGAUCUAUUUGGUCAUUCUGCUGAUGGUUCUAUUGAUGUCGCUGCUAGCGAUCUAAUCAAUCGACUCUCUUUCCAGGCCCAACAAGAUAUCUCAAACCUCAAGAACAUAGCUGGUGAGACAGGAAAGAAACUUAGCUCAUUGGCAUCGACACUAAUGUCGGAUCUCCAGGACAGAAUCCUUUAAUGCAAGUGUUCUGACCUUUAAAAAAACAUGUUUUGUUAUUUUACCAGCCUAUAUAUGUUUUUGUACUGAAUGUAAAGCUAUUUUUAUCAUAAAAUUCUUUUCAAAUAAUAUCUUAAAAAAAAAAAAAGAACCUUAAAUGUCAUGGCAGGCUGGUUUUCUUUUCUUUGUUACCACUAUUUCCAAUUUGUGGUAUUUUUAUUAGACCCUUUCGUAUAGAAUUCGUAUGUGUAUCAACUGUAAACCAAAGCGAAGUUGUCAUGUUGUGCGUGUAUUAGGAAAAGGUAUGUUGAAAUUGUGAACUACAUUGCCUUUUGCCUGUUUUUAACUUUUCUCA